AUGGCUCCAGCUUAUUCAACUUUAUUUACACCAGAACUUGUCCAGUUUGAACCCGUCUCACUGAGCAACCACGGAUUUUCAGGACUAGGACAUUAUCAUGACGGCAAUUCGCUUUUUCAAAAAAGUGCCCAACUUGCCCAUAUAGCACGAUCUUCGGCAGUUAGUGCUAAAAACGCAGUUCAUAAUCAACAUUCCGCUGGAAGUAAUGCAGAAUUUGGAGUAAAAAGUACUUUAGCUAAUGUUGCUGUUGAGGCUUCGAAAACAGCCCAAACAGCGUUGAAAGGAAAACAAGCGAUUCUAUCUAAUAUUAAGCACCAAAUUGUAGCUGCACAAAAUCAACUAAAAGAUGAAAUUACCCAAUACCACCAAGCUUCGUUAGCCGCACAUGCAGCACAGCAAGCUGCUUAUAAAGCUCAGUCCCAGCUACAUUCCCUUCGAUCUACUAUAAACGAAGCUGAAGCUACUGCACAUGAUGCAACAGCUGCCGCCGCAGAAGCUGCAAAUGCAGAAGCAACUCAAAAAGGAAUGCUAUUUGAAGCUAAACAGAAGCUGGAAGCUCUGAUUCAUCAAUUAAAACAUGUUGGCGGUGACCUGAAGGAUAUUCAAAUAUCUGCUUUAAAAGCCACAAAAUCAGCGCAGCUAGCAAGUAUUAAUGCUGCAAAUAGUGGUCACUCAAAACAAAUUACAUAUGGAUACUGAUAAAGUGUC